UAUAACAAGUAUCUCUUUUUUCUAAGCACUGUACUUACAAGGCAUCAAAAAGAAGCUUAUGGGUUAAGAAACAUCACCUUCUCAAAAUCCUGAAAAGCAAUAAAACAAAAAGAGAGCUAUCGAGGAAUGGGAGGGAAAAUGCAAAAAAUAAAUAAAUAAAUAACAUAAAAAUUAUAUAUAAAUACUCAAAAGCAUUCUCCUUUAUUUUUUAGCUUCUCAUCACCACCUUCUUUGCCCUUUGAUUCCUCUCUUCUUUUUUUCUUCUUCUUGCUUUCUCUUUUUUUUUUUUUCCUUUCUCUUCUUCAUCUCAAACCACAAAGAAAAUACACUAGUACUCUCUAUCUCUCUUUAACAUCUUGAUGUGAUUCUCUCCACUAUUCUCUCCCUAAAAUCAACCUUUAGAAAAGAGAAAGCUCCAAGAGGAAUAACCAUGGUUUAUACUUCUCUCCCACCAUAUAUGGAUCCAGCCAACUGGCAUCAACAGCAACCAAAUCAUCAAGUGGCUAACAAUAGUUUCAACACUCCUCUUCUUAUUCCAUCACCACAACCUCAACCGUCGAACCUGACACCAUCGCAGUCUCAUGGAGGCUCGAUCAGACCAGGUUCGAUGGCAGAUAGGGCCAGGAUGGCUAACAUACCUAUGCAAGAGCCAGCACAAAAAUGUCCAAGGUGUGAUUCCACCAACACAAAGUUUUGCUACUUCAACAACUAUAGUCUCUCGCAGCCCCGCCACUUCUGCAAGACCUGUAGAAGGUAUUGGACAAGAGGCGGAGCCCUAAGAAGCGUUCCAGUCGGCGGAGGUUGCCGAAGAAACAAGAGGACUAAAUCAAGCAACAACAACACCUCAAAGUCUCCGGUUAGCUCCGAUCGCCAAACUAGCUCCGCAAACAAUAACUCUCCCGCGGUCCUCAGUUCCCAGACGCCACCACCGAUGAGAUUCAUGGCUCCAUUACAUCAACUCGGCGAUCACAUCGGUGAAAUAGGGCUAAACUAUGGUUUCUCUAGUCCAAUGGGAGGAGUAGGUGACUUGAACUUUCAUAUAGGAAACUCUUUAGGUGGAGCAAGCGGAGGCGUUGGUAGCGGUGGUGUCACCAGUGCUAGUGGUGGUUCGGCUUCGAUUUUACCCGUCGGUGGUUUCGAGCAAUGGAGGAUGCCACAAACUCACCAAUUUCCCUUUUUAUCUGGUCUAGAAGCUUCUUCUUCACAUGGAUUAUUAUAUCCAUUUGAAGGUGGUGGUGGUGGUGGAAAUGAUCAAGCACAUGUAUAUGGUGGUGUGCCUAAGGUAUUAUCAACUUCUUCAGUGAAAAUGGAAGAGAAUCAAUCUAGACAAUUCUUGGGAAUGAUCAAUAGUAAUAAUAACAACCCUAAUAGUGAACAAUAUUGGAAUGCUUCUGCUGGUGGUGCUACUUCAGCUUGGGCAGAUCUUUCAGCUUUUAACUCUUCUAAUUCAACUACCACCAAUUCCAACUAUAGGUCUUAAAUAUUUAUGCUAUUUUUUGAAAUCUUUGCCUUUUUUGUUUUGUUUUUUUUUUUCUUCCUUUUUUAUUAACAAAGUUUUAUCUUCAUAUAUGGUUGAGUACUUUGAUUUCUUCUAAGAUAGAAUGAAAACCCUAGGGAUAUAAGCUAGUUUUUUUUUCUUUCAUUUUUGAAGUUUCUUAAUCUUUAUAUGUUCAUCUUAAUUUCUUUUUCUUCCUUUUUAUUUAUUUAUUUUCCUUUAACUUUUCUUCUAAUAGGUUUAGGAUAUGCUUUGUUAUAAGGAAUUAAUAUUGUGAGUUCAAAAGAAGGAAUAUUAUUAUUAAUAUUUUAA